GGUGUAAGAAGAUCUGCGGAUCAGCGCAUAUAUACAUUCAAGUACUUACUCACCGACCCAUACACAAAUACCAUCCGUUUCCACUCUUGCACACACACACACGCACACCCACUUUCUCGCUGUCCGUCUUUGAGAAAAUCAGAAUGUCUUCAGAGAAAUAUCUUUCGAUCAACAAUCAUCAUCAUGAUCAGCAUCCUCAUCAUUCUUGUGAUCAUUAUGCAUAUUCGAAUAAAGAGAUCGCCGACAAGGAGUCAUCAUCAGCAGAUCAAAAUGAUAAAAAGCAGAAAAUGUUGAAAAGGGAUCAGUGGAAGGGGAGAAUUGAUUUUCUGAUCGCCUGUAUGGGAUUCUCUAUUGGGCUAGGGAAUGUUUGGAGAUUUCCAUAUUUAUGUUAUAAAAAUGGAGGAGGUGCUUUCCUUAUCCCCUAUUUCAUAAGUAUUUUUCUUGCUGGUAUCCCACUGUUUCUGCUGGAGGUGACAAUUGGACAAUAUACACAUCGCGGGGUUAUAGCAGCAUGGAAUAUAUGCCCAAUAUUCCAAGGACCUAAGUGCUACAGUGUGUUCGGACUCUUCUAAACAAUGUCUGCACACAGUUUCUUUUGUAUCGGUUUCGCAUGUACUAUGAUCAAUUUCUACCUAAAUUGCUAUUACACCGUGAUAUUAUCCUGGGCAUUUCAUUUCAUAUUCUCCUCAUUUACAACUGAACUCCCUUGGACUAAAUGUGGCCAGCCGUGGAAUACACCCGCGUGUACUGUGUUUACAAAUCAACCGAAAAAUGAGACGAUAUUGCAAUAUACUAAUACUACUCAUAAUAUUGCGACUAUACAGGGGAGUAAUCAAAGCGUGUUGGCAGUUGAUGCCACUACAGAAUAUUGGGAAAAUCGUGUUCUGCGCAUAUCCGACGGGAUACAUAAUCUGGGAACCAUUCAAUGGGAUUUAGCCUUAUGCCUCUUACUUACAUGGAUUGUCAUAUAUUUAUGCAUUUGCAAGGGUAUUAAAACUUCGGCAAAGGUUAUGUAUGUUACUGCCCUGUUACCUUAUGUGUUUAUGAUUACACUACUGAUAAGAACUGCAAUAUUGGAAGGUGCUACAGAUGGUCUAAUCCACUAUCUGAAACCGGAUUGGUCAAAGUUAACAGAUAUGACAGUAUGGUCUGACGCUGGAACACAAAUCUUUUUCAGUUACAGUAUCGGUUUAGGAGUAUUGACAGCUUUCGGGAGUUAUAAUAAAUUUCAUCAUAAUUCCUUGAGAGAUUGCACUUUAUUCGCACUGGCUAACACAUUUACAAGUCUCUUGUCCGGUUGUGUUAUCUUCUCAACCCUUGGAUAUAUGUCGCACAUAUCAAAUAUCCCACUGAGUUUAAUCGCAGAAUCUGGUCCAGGUCUGGGGUUUGUUGUUUAUCCAAAAGCCAUCGGGACAAUGCCAGGAAGUCCAUUUUGGUCAAUAUGUUUCUUUUCAAUGAUUAUACUCCUUGGAAUUGACAGUAUGUUUGGUGGAGUAGAAGGUUUUGUGACCGCUGCUACGGAUUAUUUCCCCCAUGCAAUGGCGAAGACAUGGAUUCGUUGUCUAUUUGUCGGUUGUGUAUGCUUUGCAUCCUAUUUGGUUGGUUUAUCUAUGGUCACCAAUGGUGGAAUGUAUGUAUUCCAGUUGUUUGAUUAUUACACUGGAAGUCGCAUCAUCUUGAUUGUAGGAUUAUUGGAAUCUACAGCAGUUGGAUACAUCUACGGUUUCAAACGUAUUUCAGAUGACAUGAAAUUAAUGUAUGGUGUUUCCUUGAAAUGGUUGGCAUUCAUAUUUUGGUGCGUAUUAACGCCGAUAUUCACUCUUGUAAGCAACAUUACUAUUAGUGAUAUUACUACUAUGUCUUUCAAACCAUAA